AUGGUACGUGGAUCCUGCUUUUCUUCCCUUGGUGGCAAGAACGACAACAACAAAAAACUUACUCGUACGGAUACGAACCGUGGCAACGAGCUGCGCCGCACUACCUCCUCCUACCAGGGUUCGGUUGCGGACGGUAUGCGCUACUCGGACCGCCCGGGCAACUCCAACGAGCGCCUGACCGCUUCCCAGGUGCACAAGUCCAAGACGCUCGAGGACCGUAUUCGUCAGGCGGAGCGUGAGAGUCGCACCACUGGCGUCUAA